AUGGGCUGCAUUAUCUCAUUGCGCUUGGUGCGCAACUCCAGCUCGGCAUCAUCGGUCCCAAUAGGAGAUCGUCUACUUGAUAUCCCUUGCAAUGUCUGCGGGGACAGAAGCUCUGGCAAGCACUAUGGCAUCUACAGUUGCGACGGUUGUUCUGGAUUCUUCAAGCGGUCCAUCCACCGUAAUCGGGUGUAUACCUGUAAGGCAGGGGGUGAGAUGAAGGGCCGCUGUCCUGUGGACAAGACCCAUAGGAACCAAUGCCGCGCCUGUCGCCUCGCCAAGUGCUUUCAAGCCAAUAUGAACAAAGACGCGGUGCAGCAUGAGCGAGGUCCUCGUAAGCCGAAGCUGCAGACAGGCGCUAUGGGUGCGCUGGGGCCACCGCCAAUGAACCACGCACACAAGCCGCACGCUCUAAAGCUGUCACCACCUUCGCCCUACACACCAUUACCGCAGACCUUCAAUUUUCAGUUCAAUAUCAGUGGUAUGAGCGAGCCGGCCCCCUUAAGCACGGCUUCCUCAGCGGGGUCUAGUGGCGCUGGUGGAGGCGCAGGAGCUCCGAGCCCUCUGCCGCUCGUCCCAGAGCCUUUUCUAGCCCCACCACCUCCAGGCUUACUACAUAUCCUCAUGUCCUCCGAUAAAUGCCAGGAACUGAUGUGGAGCGCAAAACAGCUACAAUUACAGGGCGACCCGACAUUGCUUCGACCACCGCCAAGUGCUUUUGGAGCACCCCUUGCGCCUACAUGGGAACUUUUGCAAGAAACAAGUGCACGUCUUCUCUUCAUGGCGGUGCGUUGGGUGAGGUGCUUAGCGCCUUUCCAAGCUCUCGCAGCUUCAGACCAGCUGGUCCUUUUACGAGCUGCGUGGAAGGACCUGUUCCUUCUGCACCUGGCGCAGUGGUCAGCCCCUUGGGACCUGGCACCGCUGCUGGCCGCGCCCGCAGCGCGAGCUCGAUUGCCACCAGAUCCAUUGGCUGACUUGGAAUUGAAUACUUUACAGGAGAUUUUGUGUCGGUUUCGUCAAAUAGCACCCGAUGGUAGCGAGUGUGGGUGUAUGAAGGCUAUUGUUCUUUUCUCACCAGAUACCCCGGGGCUGAGUGAGACUCAACCAGUGGAGAUGUUACAAGACCAGGCUCAAUGUAUACUGGCUGAUUACGUGCGGACACGAUACACCAGACAACCAACAAGGUGUUUCAAAAAUGUCACCGUGGCAAUGGUGAUGCCAUUGCCACGGUGUCCAAGUCCAAAUUAA